AUGAAGCGUGCUAGGAAGGUCGCGGAGUGGUACGACAAAUGGGCAGCGUGGAAGGUGGAAGAUUUGUUCUCCAAGAAGCGCGAACCUGGGCCUCGGAGGACUGUCUUCAUCAACGAAAACCUACCCGACUCGUAUCGAGAUUCGAAGGGAAGAGUCAAGAAAGACCACAUUUAUGCGACGAACCAGGUUAUUACUUCAAAAUACACAAUCCUCACCUUCAUUCCCAGAAACUUGCUGGAGCAGUUUAGAAGGAUUGCAAAUAUGUACGGUCCCCCCACCUUCGUUUCGCGUGUGGAAUUCUUCCUGUUCAUCGCUGUUCUGCAGUUCUUCUCGAGGUUUCGGACGAUCUCGCCUGGGCUUGUUAUUCUGCCGCUUCUCAUUGUGUUGUCAAUAACGGCGGCCAAGGAUGGAUACGAGGACAUCAAGCGACACCAGUCUGAUAGACAGGUUAAUCAUACCCUCGUGCGGGUCUUGUGUGGUGGAGGAUGGAUCAAUCCGAACGUCAUGGAGAAGAAGGCCAAGACGUUUGUUCGCGGGCUCGUCCCUAGCAGGAUGCGGAAACGAGGUAGCAAGGUCAAGAACGUCAAUCCCAAGGGCGAGGAACUGGCCGGCGUCACCUCCAACGACCCAGCCCCGGAAACCCCGGGUGUAGAAUUCGAUGACCCAGAAGAAACCACAACCCACUCGUCUCAUCAUCUUCCCCACGUCUUCCAUCACGGCACAAACAAAGAAGACACCGACCGCCCUCAUUGGAGGAAGAACGCAUGGGAGGACCUCGCGGUGGGUGACUUUGUCAAGAUUAUGGACAAUGAGAGUCUCCCCGCCGAUAUUCUCAUUUGCUCCACCUCUGAAGACGAGAACGUCGCCUUUGUCGAGACCAAGAAUUUGGACGGCGAGACGAACCUCAAGUCGCGCAAUGCGGUCCCUGCUCUUACGCAUAUCCGAUCCGCAGCCGACUGUGCGUCACCUCAUAACAGCUUUAGGGUGGACUGCGACCGCCCGGACGUCAACAUGUACAGGCUCAAUGCGGCUGUGAGGGUCGGUCAGGAUAUGUUCCCCGUGGACAUGCAAAACGUUUUACUGCGGGGCACCGUUCUUCGUAACACCAAGUGGGUUAUUGGUGUCGUUAUUUAUACUGGGGAGGACACGAGGAUUGUGAUGAACGCCGGCGGGACACCGAGUAAACGGAGUAAAGUGGAGAGGCAGAUGAACCCACAAGUGUUUAUCAACCUUUUGGUUUUGGCGGUUAUGGCUAUCGUCUGUGGUGUGGUCGAUUCGAUCCUCCAGCAUCGAUACCUUGGUUCCGAAGCGCCCUGGCUGUACGAUGCAGAUCGACCUGGCGACAAUCCUUCAGUCAACGGUGUCAUCACGUUCUUCUUCGCGCUCAUCACCUUCCAGAACAUCGUCCCUAUCUCGCUGUACAUCUCGAUCGAGUUUGUGAGGACGUGUCAAGCCGCGUUUAUCUACUUUGAUAAGCAGAUCUUUUAUGAGAAGACGGAACAACCGACGAUUGCGAGGAGUUGGAAUUUGUCGGAUGAUUUGGGUCAAGUGGAGUAUAUCUUCUCGGAUAAGACUGGUACCUUGACGCAGAAUGCGAUGGUGUUCCAAAAAUGUUCGAUUGGCGGGAAAGUUUACAAUGGAGAUCCCUCUCCCGAAGACGAGCUUCCAGCUGACGAUCUCAAAGCCGCCUCGGCUAUCAAGGAGUUGCCAGACAUCGCCAUCCCAAAGAAACUUGCCGGGCUCAGCACCGAGAAGGAACUCAAGAUACUCAGCUCGACCCAUGUUCAACUCACCGACUCGGGAUCAGCAGGGACUUCAUCUGUCAAGCGCGACAGCAAACUAGCCGGAGCGGAGAACGUUCCUCAUCCGUUGGAGGCUACGGCUCUCAAAGCUCGUGUUCACUUUCACGACGCUGAGCUUGCGCAGGAUCUUCGUGAUGCUGUUUCGGCGGAACCUGGGACGCCUGGUGCCAGUCAUGCUCGAACGCUUAACGGGUUCUUCUCCGUUUUGUCGCUGUGCCAUACGGUCCUUGCCAAUGUUGAUCCGACGACGGGGACUAUCGAGUACAAAUCCCAGAGUCCGGAUGAGGCUGCCCUCGUUCAGGCUGCUGCGGAUAUGGGAUUCGUGUUCCGAGGGAGGGAGCGGGAGGUUUUAUUGUUGCAGACGCCGUUUUCGACAUUGACGGCUGAGACGCAGUCGCCUAGGAGUUCUUCGAGUUCGAAGGAGAAGCAGAGUAUCUCGAGUGAACCGCGUAUGGAGGGUCUGGAGCGCUACGAGCUUCUUAAUAUCCUCGAGUUCACUAGUGCUCGCAAGCGUAUGAGCGUCAUCGUGCGGAAGCUGGAUAGCGACGAUUCGAGGCUGUUUCUGCUGUGUAAAGGGGCGGAUAACGUUAUUUUCGAGCGGUUGAAGCCUGGGUAUGCGGAGGAUUUGAAGGAGGAGACGGAGAAGCAUCUGGACGAGUUUGCUGCGCAGGGUCUGAGAACGUUGACGUUGGCUUAUAAGGUCAUUCCUGAGGACGUGUAUCAAUCAUGGAGCGAGCGGUAUCACGAAGCUACUGUUUCCUUGGACGAUCGCGAAGAGAAGGUUGAGCGCGUGUCGGACGAGAUUGAGCAUGACCUUCGGUUGCUUGGUGCGACGGCCAUUGAGGACCGGUUGCAGGACGGUGUUCCUGAGACUAUUGCGGACCUUAAGGAAGCUGGUAUCAAGAUUUGGGUGGCGACUGGAGAUAAACUUGAGACUGCUAUCGCGAUUGGUCAUAGUACGAACCUCAUUGGUCGAGACUCGAACAUUAUCGUCAUUCGAGGUGGGAAUGAGGGACGACCGGUGUAUGACCAGAUCAUGUAUGCGAUUGAAGAGUUCUUCCCCGGGAGUGGGAUCGUCGAUGAGCAGGGCAAGGUUCGGGAUAUCGAUGAUGCGCCGGCCAAGUCGCCCAAAUCGGCCAGGAGGAACUCGCUCUUCAGUAACCCGCCGCAGAGUCCUGGUGCGGGUGGUGGUCCGCUGAGAAGGUUCGACACUGGUAUCUCGUCUAUUGUGGGUGCUGGGAAUGGUGAAAGGCCGGGAGGAUUCGUGCUCGUCAUUGACGGCGGUGCAUUGUCUGUUGCCCUCUCGGAUGCUGAACACAAGAACAUUCUACUCCAACUAGCUAUGCUUUGUGAAGGUGUUAUUUGUUGUCGAGUAUCGCCGUUGCAGAAAGCUUUGAUUGUGAGGCUUGUGAAGGAUGGGAUUGGGGCUAUGACUUUGGCUAUUGGGGAUGGUGCGAAUGAUGUUAGUAUGAUUCAGGCUGCGGAUGUGGGAGUUGGGAUUUCGGGAGAAGAGGGGUUGCAAGCUGUGAAUUCGUCGGAUUAUGCGAUUGCGCAGUUCCGGUUCUUGAAACGCUUGCUCCUUGUUCAUGGCCAUUGGUCUUACUAUCGUAAUGGCAACAUGAUUCUCAAUUUCUUCUACAAAAACAUUGUGUGUAUUGGUGUCCUGUGGUGGUUCCAGAUCUACUCUGGGUGGAGUUCCAACUACGUUUUGGAGUAUACAUACCUACUCUUCUGGAACUCGUUCUGGACGAUUGCGCCUGUCAUCGCCAUUGGCUUGUUCGAUCGCCUAGCUGACGACGACCUCCUCAUGCAGUUCCCCGAACUCUACCGAUUUGGACGUGAAGGCCGAUGGUUUGGAUUCGGCUUGUUCACAGUCUUCAUGUUGGACGGUGUCAUGCAAUCUGCUAUCAUCUUCUUCCUAAUCCUCUACGCCUAUGUUCUGGUGUCAAGUCGGAAGGACGGGUGGGACGUUACGCAGUACGAGUUCUCGACGACGAUGGCGUUCUCUGCUGUCUUCACUGCCAACUUUUUCAAUGGUCUCAAUACCAAUACCUGGACUGCUUGGGUGUUCUUUGCUGUGUUCUUUGGAGACGCCUUUAUCUGGAUCUACACUGCUAUCUAUAACUCGAUUUCCCCUGGCUGGUUCGUCACCCCGGUGUGGGGCAACAACAACCUGCUUUUCGAGUCUGCCUACUAUUGGCUGUGUCUCCCACUUACCAUCCUCCUCUGCCUCCUCCCUCGAUACAUCUACAAGGCGUAUAGGGCAGGAUACCACCCCGACGACAUCGACCACCUUCGGUACGCUCGCAAAUUCCAUCCCGACAUCGACUUGCGACACGAACUCUCCGAUGAAAAGGGUGAAGGCGUGGCGCUUGGUGCACUCCGCCGAUCAACCUCUAUGCACUCCCGAACAACAGCGCGAACUGAGAGUAUCGCGUCCAUGCCUCGACCUUCGAUGGACUACCGCUCGUCAAGUCGGACGGAUAUGUCUACAGGUGUUACCUCGCAUCACCGCGGUUUCGAUUUCUCGAUGGAGGAGGGCGGUGUAGCCAUCCAAAGAAUGCAAACGAACCUUUCAGAACGGCGGCAGAGUAGGCCUUCGCUUGCGCCUGUGCCGGAGUCUCCGCAGAAACGAAAGAUGCUCACGUUACCGCGAAGUUUGCUUCGUCGGAAGGGAUCCAACGCCCAGGAUGCAUCGCAAUCAUGA